AUGAAUGUUUGCAAGGAAGAAAGCCAGUCUGAUAUUAUGAAUGUCAUAAAUAAAAUUUCAUCAUGGACUAAAUUGCUAAGAGUUUUUGCCUGGUGUAGAAGAUUUACUCUAAAUUGCAAGUUUCCAGCUGCAAAGGCUAGUGGUUGUUUAAGAACUGCAGAGAUUCAGAAUACUAGAAAUUCCCUUGUGAAGAUGGUUCAAAAUUAUGCUUUUGGUACUGAAAUGAAAUAUCUGCAGAAGGAGAAGACACUUCCAAAAAGUAGCAAUCUGUUACCUUUGGCACUCUUCCUUGACUCAUCCGGAUUUCUCCGAGUUGGUGGAAGAUUGAAGAAUUCCAAUCUUUCUGACUGUCGAAAACAUCCAAUACUUCUCCCAAAGGGUCAUCAUUUAUCAACGAUAAUUGUGAGAUAUUUUCAUGAAAUCCAUCUACAUGGAACUAUUCAAAUGGCAUUAUCAGCAUUAACCCAAGAAUAUUGGAUAAUUGGUGUCAAGAAUCUUGUCAGAAAGAUAAUUUCCAGGUGUGUAAAAUGUCAUAGACAAAAUGCUAAAUUUUUGACACAAUUUAUGUCUGAUUUACCUUCCGUAAGAGUCACACCUUCCCGAGUUUUCUCUGUUGUUGGAACUGAUUACGAUGGACCUUUCCUAGUGAAGCCCAGAAAAGGAAGAGGUGUGAAGACUAUGAAAUGCUAUGUUUGUUUAUUUGUGUGUUUAUUCACAAAAGCCGUUCACUUAGAACUCGUUAGUGAUCUAACUUCUGAUGCUUUCCUUGCCACGUUAAGAAGAUUUAAUUCUCGACGAGGAAAACCUGAUCAGAUACACAAUGACUGUGGGACUAAUUAUGUUGGUGCAUAUAGAGAGUUGAAACGUUUAAUUGCAUCACUCUCUUCAGAUGAAAGAUUUCAGGGUUAUCUUGCAAAGGAAAAUAUCAUUUGGAAAUUCAAUCCUCCUGCGGCACCUCAUCACAGUGGAUUGUGGGAAUCCACUGUCAAAUCUAUGAAGUCUCACCUUAAAAAAACUGUCGGUGAACAAAUCCUCACCUACGAAGAAUUCCUAACCCUAAUUGCUGAAGUAGAAGCUUGCCUUAAUUCUCGACCACUCACUCCUUUGUCUGAUGAUCCUGCUGAUUGUGAGGCAUUGACGCCUGGUCAUUUCCUCAUUGGUACUUCACUGACAUCAGUGCAUAAUUCUGAUCUUUCAAAUGAAGUGAUAACACCUUUACAACGAUGGAAGUUAAUGCAAAGAAUGAUCCAAGAAUUCUGGAAGCGGUGGUCAACUGACUAUCUUUCCACUCUUCAAAGGCGUCCUAAAUGGCUCCAAGUAAAGAGAAAUCUUGCUGUAAAUGAACUGGUGCUAAUCGAAGACGAUGAUUUGCCACCAUUGAAGUGGAAGUUGGGACGUGUGCUAGAGACCUUUCCAGGAGCAGACGGUAAAAUCAGAGUGGUGAGGUUAAAAACUGCAAAUGGAGAGUUAAAACGUCCUAUUGUUAAACUUUGCCCACUACCAAUAAUAGACUUCAAACAUUGA